AUGGGCAACUUGACACGCGCUGAGGAUAAAAUUGCGGAGCUGGUCGCUCAACAUGGAGCAGUUCCGCCUCCUUAUUUCAUGUUCCAGGACACCGAUCCAUACAGCAUAUGCUGGCGUAUGGGUGCUGGCGAAGACUAUUUCGAAUUUUUCUUCAACUGGUUGGGGGAAGAAAAAGGAAGCCUCGAUGAGUCACAGCGUAUUGAGUAUUUGCGGAAAUGGCCACCGCCGCCUGCAUGGCUUGCGUGGAUGAUAGCGGUUAUUUGGGAUCUGAGCCCUAAGGGACUCUAUGAGGACGAUGAUUCCGAGGACGACGAUGGUUAA